UUGCUGACUGGCGUUGCAAGUGACCGUCUUGAAAAAAGUGCAUGUGCUUUUCCAACCUAGCUUUUCAUCUUUUAUCAUAUUAUGUUUGAAAAGAAGCAUAAGUGUUGUUGACUUGUGUGAUUUUGCGAUUCAUCUGGGAGCGCAACAAAGCACGGUGAAAAACAAAUGCGCAUCGGCCCCUAAAGUGUGGAGAGUGUGUAUGCUGUAGGCAGUAAAUGAAUAACGGAGAUCGAAGAGAGUGUUGAAGUUGAAAACAUAAAACGGAAUGAAUCAAUAAUUAAACCAACAUUCUAGUGAUUCGUGAUAAAAGAAAUUAUUAGGACGUCACCGUUGUUCCUCUUUUCAGUACACUGAAAUCGAAAGUGUUGACCAACAUUUUACUUCGAGAAAAGUUUGGAACCUGCUUGGAUUCGAUUAUUCCACUGAGACUAUUUAAAUUCAGUGAUUUCUUCAGAUAUUCACAGCAUCCGCCGCCUCCAUGACCGCAUGCUAACUUUUUGUUUUCCUCCACGCAUCCACGCAAUUUUGCCGGGAUGGACCAACUCGAGCUGGAGAUACGGAAGGAGAUUGACGAGCUGAAUACGAGCGUGUCGCUUAUCGAUCGACUAGAUGCUGGCGAUACGAUGGACGGGGAGAAGCAGCAGCAGCUGCUCUCCUCGACCAGGGCAGUAUUCGAAAAUGUCAACUCGAGUCACACCAAGAACAGCCUGACCGAUUCGCAGAUUUCGAUCAUUUCGAAGCAUGACGGUUAUCCUGACACGGGACACUUUUAUGCAACCCCGGCGAUACCUCUGACCCCGACAACCGAAAGCAGCGGUGAUUGCCUGGAAAAGUUGGUUGGUGCAGGUGGAGGUGCUGUAAAUAUGACGACAUCCGACGGUAACAAAACUCUGAUGACCAACAAUAGUAGCAUGAUGCGAGUUACCAGCGACACUAGUAGUAAGCACACCAAAGCGGGCUGUAGCACAAAUUGUACAGAAGGCAGCAAGUGCAGCCAGAAGAAGAAUAAGAAAGAAUCCAAGAAGGCCGACAAAAAAGCGUCGGCAAAACAGAAGAAAGCCGCAGCUGCAGCGGCAGCGGCCAAUCCUAAGCUAGCCGGACCGGAUCAGUAUUCUCCAAAUGGGGGAAAUUCGUCACUGGUCAGUUUCCUAUUUCCGCCUGGUUCUCCCAAUAUGAAGAAAAAGAACAACAGCAAUCUACCAUCGACGGUGGUACUUGGUGUACUGCAGUUGUUGUUCGCCGUUGCGCUGGCCGCUCUCGGCGGUUUGGUGCUGGCCCGGAAUGCGUCGUUGGCGCUGGCUGGUACGGGUCUAUGGUGCGGUGCCAUUUCCGGAAUCGCCGGUUCCCUUGGAUUAAUGAACGUAAAGAUGGCCAAAACUGGCUUCCUGGCCGUUAAUCUGAUCUGCGUAGCUUCCAGCACGCUCGGUCUGGCUCUAACCGGAAUCGGCGCCGUGCGGGAUGCUAACUUGGCUCAGCAAGAUGAGUCGAUCUGGUACGCGGUAACGGCCGGUUCCGGACUGCUGGUUGCACUGGCGCUGCACUUUCUCGUCAGUGUCUUUUCGGUGUACUAUUCGGCGCUGAAGCUUUGCUCCAGGCCCUCUCAAAAGACGCAAAUGAUGGAGAACAUGAUUAACAGUAGCAGUUCACCUGGCUCGCAAGCCUUUUUAUCCCAGCAAAAGGUAGAAGACUAUAUAAACUCCCUACAGGUCGAUCCAUCCAUCAAGGACAUGAUGUAUCAGACGAUGCUUAAUCGUGGCUUUGGUUCAGUGUACGGGGAAAAACACCGUUCGGAUACAUUCAGCAAUGGAACCGGAACCGGACCCAGACCGGUCAUGCUCGUUCCAGCUUGCGCUGGCAACGGGCUUCCACAGAUGCUACCGAUGUACUCGACGCCACCUCCUCCGCCGGCAAUGUAUCCUCCUCCUAUGAUGCCACCACCUGGUGUUCACCAGUAUCCACCGAUGUAUCCAGAAACUGCACUGAUGGAGGCACACAUGGCCCGUCUUAACCGCAAGCGCUCCACUCGAGCCAAUUCAGAGCAGAAUCUGGCUUUACCGGAAGAACUCCAUCGGAGUCACUAUCGACAGCAGCGCAUUGACGAUUCAAACCAACAACCGGAGAAGGCCUUCACGUACACAGGUCUAGAUCGAGACAUUGCUGAUAGUUACUUGGCUAAGGAGGAGGAAAAACUGAACAGCAGUAGUGUCGUUAGCUCCAGCGGGCCUCCUAAUCUACCGUCUCACCAGAGUCAACCAGAACAAAGCGAUUCGACGCAAACGCCUCCUUUGACAUACCAUCAUGAUUUGAUGUUGAUCGAUCAUCGACAUAACUUCGAACGGUACAAUGAUGUUCACAUGUAGCCAGAAUGAAAGCGAACGAGUAUUCACUAGCCACGUAAGUAUUGGAAAGAAAGCCCUAAACCUGCUCAAGUUGAUUUUAAUGCAACCUCCAAAAUCAUUAUUG